CAUUUCAUUCUCCGGCGACUAUUUCUCUCUCUACAACUUUCUCUCUCUAAAACUCACUGGACUUCGUUCGUUGUCCGAAUCUCAAGGCCUUUUGUAGAGCAGAAGCAGUUAUUUGACCGAAUCUCUCUCAAUGGACGUCGAAACUACCGGCGUGUCAAAUUUUGAUCUCAACAACUCUUCCUCUCAGGUUAGUUCUAUUCCUCCGUAUAGAAAACUCAUUGACAUGUCGGCUUGUAAACUGACGGAGCUCCGUAUUCCCGAUUUUCGGAGCUCCGACGACAUGCCGGGACUCGAAGGAUUUGGUUCGCCGGUUUCUGCUGGUGUAGAAUGUGAAAACGGUAUGGUUUCGUUUCCGGCGUCUCCUUCUGUAUCUGAAAAUGGAGGCCGGGAAUGUGAUUUUUCUGAGUACGUUGAAAAGACGCCGUCGAAUGCCGCGAAGAGAUUGCAGAAAGUUUAUCGGAGUUAUCGUACACGGCGUAUGUUAGCUGACUCUGCUGUGGUAGCUGAAGAGCUUUGGUGGCAAGCAAUAGAUUAUGCUCGGUUGAAUCACAGUACAAUUUCAUUCUUCGAUUACUCGAAGCCGGAGACGGCGGUUUCACGGUGGAAUCGCGUCGGCUUAAAUGCUUCUAAGGUUGGUAAAGGUCUAUCCAAAGAUGCUGAAGCUCAGAUAUUAGCUUUUCAACACUGGAUUGAGGCUAUUGAUCCACGCCAUCGAUAUGGACAUAACAUGCAUAUCUAUUAUGAAGAAUGGUGUAAAACUGAUGCUGGCCAGCCCUUCUUCUUUUGGUUGGAUCUUGGAGAUGGCAGAAAGGUUGAUCUCAAAGAAUGUCCAAGAGCUAAGCUUCAGAAACAAUGCAUCAAGUAUCUUGGACCUCAAGAAAGACAACAUUAUGAGUACAUAAUUGCUGGCGGGCAAAUACUGCAUAAGCUAACCGGAAGUUUUCUUGACACAACUAAAGGCCCCGAUGGGGCAAAAUGGAUCUUUGUGAUGAGCACAUCAAAAAGACUCUAUGCUGGUGAGAAAAAGAAAGGAAUGUUUCAUCAUUCCAGUUUUCUGGCUGGUGGGGCUGCUUUAGCUGCUGGAAGACUAGUGGUACAGGAUGGAACAGUGAAGUCUAUUUCACCUUACAGUGGCCAUUAUCGGCCAUCAGAUGAUAGCCUCGAAACCUUUUUAUCGAUUCUCCAGGAACACGGAGUCAACGUGGAUGAAGUUGAGAUAAAAAAGGCAAAUGAAGACUAUGACACCUCCGGAGAUGUAAAUGUAAAUGUAAAAUCUGUUGACAAACGUCCGCCAAAACUUUCAACUCCUCCACAAGCAGUGAAAGAAGAGAAGAAAGAAUCAAUUGGAUCACCACAAGCUGCAACUAGCUGCUACCAGAGAACGCUCUCAGGCGGCCUUCACAGCCCGAGAACAGAAGUGCCAAAGACUGCUAUACUAGAAAGGAUCAAUUCCAAGAAAUCAUCAAGAUCAUAUCAACUUGGCCAUCAACUAUCUCGAGUCUGGUCAACAGGCGCCGGUCCAAGAAUUGGCUGCAUUGCCGAUUACCCUGCUGAACUACGAUGGCAAGCCUUGGAACUAACUAAUGUUUCACCUAAACCUUCUCCAUCAUCAACUCCUAGACCUUUAGACGCUCUUUGUUCGCCUACUUGUUCUUCCCCAGUUUUCAACAAUGUACUAGUAAAGUCUUCUUGAACUCAAAGUCUUUUUUUCCUUCUUAAAUUCCAUGUUCCUGCUACAAUAUACUCUAGCAAGUGUAAAUGCCAUUUGUACUUCUAACAUUUGAGUAUGAGUUAUUCCCUUCCAUA